CAUGCGCACAGAGCAUCGAAAUGGCGGCCAGGUCCUACGAAAAGUACUGAGAUCUGCUUCAAUUUCGACAAAUUUGCCAAGGUUUGGGCCUCAGUGAGUGUUGUGCAGUAUUGUGUCAGAGUUCCUGAACCGCAGUAGCCGAUGAUCAGCAUGGGCAGGACUGCGCUGAAAGAUGGGAAAGACAGUAAGAAGGAGAAGGCAGGCAGGAGUACUCCUGUCAACACAGGUCCUGCACCAGUGAAAGCCCCCGAGUCUUUCUCAUGGGAGGAAUAUUUGAAGGAGACGUCGUCUACACCUGCCCCUGCCAGCUGCUUCAGACAGUCUCGCAUCCCUCCCUCAAACGACUUCAAGGCUGGUAUGAAGCUGGAGGCUCGCGACCCUCGGAACUCCACUUCCGUCUGCAUCGCCACAGUGAUGGGCAUGACGGGCAUCAGGCUCCGUCUGCGCCUCGAUGGUAGUGACAACACCAACGACUUCUGGAGAUUGGUCGACUCCGCAGACAUCCAACCAAUAGGAACCUGUGAGAAGAAUGGAGACAUGCUGCAGCCUCCUCUGGGCUUCAGGAUGAAUGCCUCCUCAUGGCCCAUGUUCUUGCUGAGGACAUUGAAUGGGGCUGAAAUAGCCCCAGGUUCAGCAUUCAAGAAGGAACCUCCGAGGCCUCCUCAGAAUGGAUUUAAGCCAGGCAUGAAGCUAGAAGCAGUGGAUAAAAAGAACCCGUACCUCAUCUGCCCCGCCACCAUCGGGGAGGUGAAGGGUGACGAGGUGUUUGUGAUGUUUGAUGGCUGGAGGGGGGCGUUCGAUUACUGGUGCCGUUACGACUCCAGAGACAUCUUUCCUGUGGGCUGGUGUGCAGUGACCAAACACAGCCUGCAGCCGCCUGGAAACAGUAUCACUCUCCCAAAGCCGCUGCCUGCCCCUUCCUCAUCCUUCUCGUCUUCCUCACUGUCAAAGCCCACCCGCCGCUCCAUGCAGUCUUCAUACCGCCUGCCGACGCCCCUGCCCCCGCUGCCCGUAAGGAAGGGGGUGAGGGGCCGGCGACCCAAAAGCGAGACCAUCGCCCUCCUGAAGGCUCUCGCAGCAUCUGCUGCCGCCGCCCAGAACGCAGCCGGACCUCAGCUGGAAUCGGCCGAGCCCACAUCACCGCUCACCCCACGGCCACACAAGAAGAGAGGACCCAAACCAGGCAGCAAGAGGAAGCCUAAAAUCCUACAGAGCCCCCUGUCAGCAUCAGCAGGGUCAGACUGCAGACUGCCCCCAACCCAGCAGCUCAGAGACGGCAUGUCCCCGCUGAGCUCCCCCUCCUCUGUGGUGUCCACUGUGUGUGUGUAUGUGAAUAAACACGGGAACUGUGGGCCCCACCUGGACCGUAAGCAGGUGCAGCGGCUGCCGGAUCAUUUCGGGCCAGAGGCGGUGAACCUGGUGUUACAGCAGACAGUGCAGGCGUGUCUUGACUGUGCCUAUCAGCCCAAAGUGCUGCUGGGCUGCCUGCAGAACCAGCCCGAAGGCGGAGAGGUCGUCCGAGUGCGGACGGAUGGUGGAACGCGGAUGGUGAAGCUGCCGUCUGCGUCCAGCGCUGCGUUCGUCCUGCGUUUCCUGGAGAUGGUGUGUCGGCACCUGCAGUGUGACAACCUAUUCAGCAGCCAGCCCUUCAGCCCCUGCAGCAGCUACGAACGCAGCAAGUCAGUGAAAGAGGAGUUGUCAGAGGCUCCAGCGCUGAACAGAGGAGUGAAAAGAAUCUCCAGAGACUCUCCGCCAUACUCCGCUCCGCUCUCACCCAAAUUGCUGCGUACAGAUACACACCCCUCAGAAGCUGAGACUUUGCCUCCAGAAGAGAACGGUUUAUUGAAGGAGCAGCGCUUCAUGGACUCCGCCUCUAACUCCAUGACGCCCCGUCCACAGACCUUAAGAAGCACAUCAGAAUACCAGUCCCAGCCUAGCAGUCCGUAUUACCAUGGCAACGGUCCUCCUCUGCGUCGCCAUGCCUCCAACCCCACUGCACGCACCCACAGAAGAGUAGAAGCAGCAAGCUCCACUACAGGUCCUGAUGCAGCAGCAGCAGAGUGUGAAACUCCCAGAAGCACCAGCAGCAGAAGUCCUUCUUCAUGGUCCAUAGAGGAAGUGAUGCAGUUUGUACGAGAUGCAGACCCCACAGCCUUGGCCCCUCACGCAGAGCUCUUCAGAAAACACGAGAUAGACGGGAAAGCUCUGAUGCUGCUGAGGAGCGACAUGGUGAUGAAGUACAUGGGCCUGAAGCUCGGCCCCGCUCUCAAACUGUGCUACCACAUCGAGAGACUCAAACAGGGCAAACAAUGAAGACUUACAGUGCUGGAUUACAUACCGUCAGUGCUGGAUUAUAUAGAGUGUACUGGAUUAUACAUGCAGUACAGAACAUUGCACAGUACUGGAUUAGAUUGGCAGUACUGGAUUAGACUGACAGUAUUGGGUUCAAUUAUGUAGUACUGGAUUAAAUACAUGCAGCGCUGGAUUCUAUACAUAAACAGGUCUGGGAUGAAGACGCAGUGCUGGGUCAGAUUAGAGGUACUGGAAUAGAUUUACAGUACUGGAUGAGUGACUGAGUACCAAACUAAACACUUAGUCAUGCGUGUGUACUGCUUUUCAUCCAAACUACCAAACAGUGCUGCAGCCAGACAAAGAGGGGCUUCACACUGGGGGCUUAUGAACGCCAACAGACUCCAUGUGCACAUCAGGAGGAGUAAACUUCAGGAGGAUAGAGCGUGCAGACGCAACAGACUGACCGUUAAUGCAGUGUACAGAGAGCCACACAGCUAUAGAGAGAAAGAUAGAGGGCAAAAAAAGAGAGAAAAAGGGUCCUAGGCAGCAAUAAUGUCCUGAACACACUACCUACCACUAGAGCUGAGCAGAGCAGAGACUGGACAAGUAAAGCAAGGAAUGGAGUGAUGGUGAAAUGGACAAAUGCCUCUCCCUUAUGAGUGUCAGUUUAUUGUCGCUAUCAAAUCGAAACCUCUUUUUUAUUUAUAUCGUUCCAAAAUUGCAGCUACCUUUUACACAAUAUCAACAUAUGGCAAACUGACAUUCACGUACAUUAAAGCAUAAAUCUGGGGAUGCACCGAUACCACUUUUUCUCUUCAGAUACCGCUACCUGAUCAAGUGUCUGCUGGUACGGUGUACAGAUACUGUCUAUGACUAACCUGAUAGUUGCCAAUAAAUCCAGAUAUUUAUACAAUUCCAUUUUUAAAUAUUAUAUUUUGGUAGUCGCAGUGUCAUGUUGCAAAAACAAGAUGAUAAGCUUGACUAGAUGGCAUUUACUGGCUGGAUAACUUCAUGCUACAGAAAGUCAGUGUUCUCGUUGGCAUAUGUAAUAUAUAUAUAU